AUGACUAGUUACGAAAAUGGUUUGGAAGCUGAACAAGAAGAUACAAAAUCCUUAUCUUCUGAACAUGAAGUAGACCUUGCUGGGGGAACACGUUUGGAAGAGACAAAUGAUGAAGAUGUACCAGAAGACAAUGUUGAAUGUGGCAUUACUGAAGAAUGGACCGAACCUGAUAUUGCGCAAUGGAGGAGCUUGUUUCAAUUUUUGGAUAUUGACAAAGAACCAGAACAUAUUCAGUUCUCGGACUUCGAAGGGAAGGAGUUUGUAAGUAUUGAACAAGCACAAUCUUUUUAUUUUUUGUAUGCAAAAAUGAUGGGGUUUAGUGUUAGAAAAAAACUGAAGAGGGAGGACAAAAAAGGUAUUUUACACAUUAGAAGUUGGGUGUGUUCAAACGAAGAUUUUAGAGAACAAAAAUAUUGUAAUCUUGAUAAUAGGUGUAAAGAAGCUCGUGCUCUAACAAGAAUAGGUUGUAAUGCAGAGUUUAGAAUAAAUUUAAAUAGGGAAACUAACCACUGGAUUACUAAGUGUUUUAAUAACCACCACAACCAUAAGUUUGCCUUCUUUCGUGAAAAACCAUUUCUUAGAUUUCAUAGAAUAUUUAGGGAUGAGAUGAGGGAACAAGUUAUGUCAAUGAAGAGAGCCGGAAUUAAGACAUCCCAAAUUUGGAAUUACAUGGUAGAAGUUCAUGAUGGUUGGGAAAAUGUGGGAUGUAUCAAAGAUGACUUGUACAAGGGAAUCUGUAAAAAAUAUUCAACUUGGCAUGAUUGUGACACGUCCACAGCAAUGGGUUAUCUCGAAGCAAAAAAAGGGCUGGACAACAUGUUUUUCUACAAGUAUGAUGUAGAUAAAGAAAAUAGAUUGAAAAAUUUAUUCUGGUCUGAUGGGACUUCCCAGGUUGAUUACCAAUUAUUUGGUGAUUGUUUGGCUUUUGAUUCUACUUACAAAACCAAUAGGUACGGAAAGCCAUUAGUAAAACUACUUGGGUCUAAUAAUCAUGACAAAACAUGUGUGUUUGGAGCUGCACUUCUUGAUAAUGAGACUUUGACCACAUAUGAUUGGGUAUUGGAAAUAUUUUUAGAGUGCAUGGGUGGUAAGAUGCCGUCAGCAGUUUUGACGGACGGUUGCAAAGCAAUGAACAAAGCACUGGAUAAUAUUAUGCUUGGUGUUCCACAUCGUAUUUUCUCGUGGCACAUACUAAAAAAUGCAAUGCACCAUGUACACAAUAUAACAUUCCAUCAAGAAUUGAAGAAAUUUAUUUUCAGGUAUUACAAGGAGGAAGAAUGGGAGGAUAAUUGGAAAGUGACUGUGAAUAAAUAUAGAUUGACAGGAAAUGCAUGGGUGGAAGCACAAUAUGGCACAAGAAAGCAGUGGCAGAUAUUUUUCUGCGUGGUAUUUAUUUUGGUGGAGCUACUGCUACCGGUAGAUGCGAAUCUAUGA